GAACUGAUACUAGCAACACAAGACCUAAACUGGGAUAUUAUAGGCAUAAGUGAAAUGCGAAGAAUAGGGGAAACAAUAGAAGAACGAGAUAGAUGACUUCAUAUUUUACCAUAAAGGAGAAACCGCGGGUCAAAAAGGAGUUGGAUUCUUGAUUAAGAAGCACUUUAAACCUAACAUAAAGGAAUUCAUUGUAAUUUCAGAAAGGAUAGCCGCAGUACUCAUAAACGUACCUCACUACAAGAAAGAUUGGAUGAUAAUACAAGUCUACGCUCCCACAGAACAAUCAGACCCAAUGGAAAUAAAUAAAUUCUAUGAUGACCUAUCUGAAAUUCUAAAGGGGCAUCAAAAUAAAUAUCUAGUAAUGAUGGGAGAUUUUAAUGCCCAGGUGGGAGAUAGGAUUAGCACAGAGGAAUUUGUCUUAGGAAAAUACGGUUUCGGUAAAAGAAGUAAGAACGGGCAGAAAUUAAUUCAGUUCUUACUAGAAAAUAACCUGAUACUCUUAAAUAGCAUAUUUAAAAAAAAUGUUAAGAGCAAAUGGACUUGGGUAUCACCUGACGGAAAAUACAAAAAUGAAAUUGAUUACAUUACAAGUAACUACCGUAAGGCCUUUACUAACGUAAGUGUUAUACAAAACUUAAACUUUAACACAAACCAUCGGAUGGUUAGAGCGGAAAUAAAUGUACGACAACCAAAAACGUCAAGGAAAAAUUUCAGUCACCAGAAAUAUAUUAAAUUAAAUAAUACUAACGAUGCAAUCACAGAAACAAAUAAAUCACUACAUGAGACAAUCAUUCAGACUUCGUACCAAUCUCUAGGUGUAUCAGAAAAAUAUAACAAGAUAGAGAAAGUACUGAAAGGAAUACCAAUAAAGUUAAGAAGCGCUAAAACUAGUAGUCUAAGUGAAAAAACUAAGAAUUUGAUAAAAUUAAGGAGGAUUGCAUUACAAGGCCAAAACAAAAAAGAAAACCUCCGCAAGGUGGCCGAAAUCAGCAAAAAAAUUAGAGAAAGCAUGAGACGUGACAGAAAAAUAUGGAGGCUCGAGAGAUUAGAGCACCACAUAAAAAAGACAGGCGGAAGGGGAAAAGCUUUAAAAGAACUAAGAGAGACAGGAAAGGAGUGGAUAGCGAAAAUAAAGAAAAAUAACAAAACCAUAACGAAAAGGAGAGAAAUAUACUAGGCUGCUACAAGCUUCUACAGCGAACUUUACUCUUCAAAUAACUGCUCAAGAAAUGAGCCGGUACAAAUAAUACAAACAAACUCUGAACCAAAAUUCUUAUUGAGCGAAAUAGUGAAAGCAAUAAAAAGCCAGAAAACGGACAAAGCUCCAGGGCCGGAUAAAAUAAGUAAUGAUCUCUUAAGGGGUACGAUGGAUGAGGUGGCCCCAGUGCUCACCUCAGUAUUUAACCAAAUCCUAGCAACUGGAAUAAUACCCACACAAUGGGGAAUAUCGCACAUCAUUUUGAUCCAUAAGAAAGGGGUAAAAGAGGAUAUAAGCAACUACAGACCCAUAAGUUUAAUGUCAAAUGUAUACAAGAUUUUUUCUAAGGUCAUUCUUGGUAGAAUAGAGGCAAAGCUUGACGAACAGCAACCAAAUGAACAGGCAGGUUUCCGCAAAAAUUUUUCGACAAUCGACCAUAUCCAUACGGUUAGACAACUACUGGAAAAGUAUAAUGAGUAUAAUAAAUGCUUUUAUAUGGGUUUUAUCGAUUAUACGAAAGCUUUCGACAGUCUCUUCCAUUGUCGCAUAUGGACAAGCCUAGAACAACAAGGUAUAAGUAGAUCAUAUAUUAAUAUUAUCAAAGGUAUCUAUACAAAUAGCAAGGCACGAAUACAGCUGGAAGUAUUGGGAAAUGAGUUCCCCAUAAACAGAGGUGUCAGACAGGGUGACCCGAUGUCCCCUAAAUUAUUCUCAGCUGUCCUAGAAAGUAUUUUCCGAAACCUAAACUGGAACGAAAACGGGUUAAACGUAAAUGGGCAAAGACUUCAUCAUCUUAGAUUUGCAGAUGACAUAGUGCUGUUUGAAGAAUCACCAUCAAAACUGGGAAAGAUGAUACAAGAGCUGGCGAUUGAAAGUAGCUAUUUUGGCCUAGAAAUAAACAAAAACAAAACAAAAGUUUUGACUAACGUAAGUAGCGUCUCAACACCAAUCACUUUAGGAGGAGAAGUCAUUUAAUAUGUUAAAGAAUACACCUACCUGGGGCAAUUAAUCUCACCAGAGGAUCAAACAACUAAGGAAACAAACAAAAGAAUAGCCCUAGGCUGGAGAAAGUACUGGUCGCUUAAGGAAAUUUUAAAAAGCAAGGAGAUGAAUCUAAACAUGAAGAAAAAAGUCUUUAAUACAUGCAUCCUUCCAUGCAUCACAUAUGGCUGUGAAACCUGGGCGCUAAACAAAUCCCACAGAGAAAGUUUUGAGAGAUGUCAGAGAGCAAUGGAACGUAGCAUGGUGGGUGUAAAGAGAGGAGACAAAAUCCGGAGCUCCGAUAUUAGAGACAAAACCGGGGUAACAGACAUUUUAACCAGGAUGGAUCAGCUCAAGUGGAGGUGGACGGGUCACAUGCUACGAGACAACCAAGGAAAGUGGAGUACCCUAGUAACUCAUUGGUAUCCACGAGAUGGACAAAGAAAAAAGGGUCGGCAACAAAGACGUUGGGAAGACGAGCUGAAACUUACAGCUGGUCCACUAUGGAGAAGGGUGGCACAGGAUCGUAAGCACUGGCGAGAGCUGGAGGAGGCCUUUGCCGUGAGGCACACAGAGCUAAGGGACUUUAUUUAAUGAUAAAAUGAAAUGUAAA